AUGACCAUAACUGUCUGGACCUACGGUCAUAGUGUGUAGAGUUGACAUAGUGUGUGUGUGUGGAGGGGGGGCUGCACGACUACUAUGAGUCACGCGGUCCACGCUUUGUGAUCAUUUUAUAUAAUCCGUCUAAUAUCAGUGUGGGUGCACUAACCCACUCGUUCGCCCGGUGCUCCCACUCAGUGUGGCAGCUCCUGCAUCCAAAGUGCACGCACACGCACGCGCGCGCGCACCUUUCACGCGAGUCGAGGGCUCUUCGUCUUUUCAUUCAUCCCAGUCAAGGCUGCAGCACAUCAUCAUCAUCAUUUCUCCCCCCGUCUUCUUCGCCACCCCUUUCCAGUGCUGGGAUAUCGAGCGGAGGAUCAUGUCCACGACGCUGCGCUUUUUGCCUCCGCGGCGGCACACGGCAGAGAGGAGCCGCUAGAGGACACGCGUUACAAUACAGGACUUCAUUGGGCGCGUGUGCGAGAGGACUGCCGAGGAACAAACAAACAAAACAACAAAAAGUGGUUUUGGCGCGGUUUGAUCCGGAUUGACGGAUUUCUACGGUGCAGGUGCAGCGGGGAAGACACUCGGCAGGCGGAUGGUUGUCGAAUUGGAAGAGAGGAGUCCCCUCUGCAAGUCUCCGAUGAAGAUGAAGUCUGCGGGCAUGCUGGAUGGAGGCUUGUUCACAGAGAGUUACUGCAACAUUUGCAAUGCCCAGCUCAUUUCCGAGUCCCAGCGCACGGCACAUUAUGAGAGCAAGAAACACGCCAAUAAGGUGCGUCUGUUUUAUAUGCUUCACCCGGAAGAUGGAGGGCCACCUUCUAAGAGACUGAGGCCGGACAAUCCGGACUGCGACGAGACAGAGGUGGACAAGAACAAGUGCUGCACCUUGUGCAACAUGUUCUUCACCUCCGCCAUCGUGGCUCAGUCCCACUACCAGGGCAAAACCCACGCCAAGAGAGUCCGUCUGGUGCUGGGUGAGACACCGAGCAUCCCCGCAGCCUUGCCCAUGCAGCCUACGAAUGCAGAUUCCUCCCCUUCAACACCGCUGCCCUCAGACCCCACGGCGUGCCCCCCUCCUCCACCCGCGUCGGUGGUCAGCGGCAACGGUGGCAGAGAAGCCGGCAAGUACUGCUGCCUGUGCGGCGCCUGGUUCAACAACCCGCUGAUGGCUCAGCAGCACUACAAGGGCAAGAAGCACCGCAGGAACGCUGGCCGAGCACGCCUGGUGGAGCAGCUCGCGGGAAGCCUGGAUGCCACGGAGAGCACAGGGCUGCGUAGAAGUUAUUCCUGCAGCGUCUGCAGCGUGGUCCUCAACUCCAUCGAGCAGUACCAUGCACACCUCCAGGGCUCCAAACAUCAGAACAACCUGAAGCAGCAACAGCAGUGAGCCACGAGAACACGCGGGCCUCUCAAGAAAGACAUGGAGUUAACAGACUUCAGAAAUCCUGCCAUAUGUCACAAACUGAACAAUGCGUGCGUGCGUGUGAGACCGUCCGAGACAUCCAGCCACACGUCGGAAACAUGCGCGUGGGUUAUUUCAACGGUAUUUAUUAAUUUCUCUGAACUAAAAUGAUAUCUCUUGAGAUUUGUUCUGAUUUAUUCUGCACCGAAGUGUUACACAUGAGUUGUACACCAACAGCCACCAAAGCCAAUGCGGCUGUGGACUGCCAUAUACGAUGAUAAUAAUAAUAAUAAUAAUAAUAAUAAAAUACCUGAAUUAUAAUGAUGUCAAUGCCCAGAAUGUUACUUGCAGCUAAGCAUAAAUUAUUUAUACGCUGGCCAAAUGUUCAGUUAAAGUGAAAAGUGGUUAUUUUUGAUAAAUGGGUGUCUCUUUGCUGAAAAAAACAUUGUGUUAAUAGUUUUAAAUGUGCUUGUUUUACCUUUUUGUUUUUUUACAUUUUGUCUUAAGGUUUCUUGUCUAAAGAUUAUUCAUACCCUUUCUCUGUACGUGCAUAGUCAUGUCCAAAAUGUAUAGUUAAUUACAAUGCUCUGAAUUAACAUAUUGCUGUAAAUAGUGGCCAGUUAUAUUUAUUUAGUCAACUGCAGAUGAGGUGUGGUGUUCAUUUUCCAGAUGGAAAUUAGGGAGAGGCAUUUUUGGGGGAAAUAACAAACAAUAUUAACUCGAAUAUUACAAUUUAUGUGUAGUGACAGUGGAAUUUACAUUUUAAUAACAGGAUUAUUUGAAUGGAAAUUUACCAGAACAGGCUACUACAUGUCUUUAGACUUGGUGAAGCGGCAUGUGGCUUGUUACUCAAGGUUUCCUUUACAUGCUCAGUUCGAAAUAACUGUGAAGUAGGACUGUCCCAAUCACGUUUUUUGUGCCCGAGUCCGAGUCACUACCUAUACUGAGUCCAGACCUGAUACCUUAGCAAAAAAAAAAAAAGUAAGCUCAUCCAAAUUGUCUUAAUUGUCCUUUUUUUUUUUUUUUUUUUAAAUAAAAAAUAAAUUGAAUUAUAUUUAAAUAUCCUGCCUUAAAUAAACUAAAAUCUAAAACGUAAAAUACCAGAAAUUCCACUUAGUGCAGUAACAAAAUAAAGAUAUUAAAUGGUCAAUUAAUCAAGUUUAUACACUGCAACAUUGUAGAAAUAAGACGACACUUACGCUUAACUCCACUUCUAAGAGGUUGCUUCACAUUUAGUCACAAAUAAAAACAUACAAUCCAAUUUCAGGGCAUUGGAGAAUAUAGAUCAGCGAGUCUAAUAUUGAAAUGAACAACAGAAAUGCAAAAUGCUGAAUUUACUUAUAAUGUUGCACUGCCAUCUCUUUUCAAGUUAAAAUACUUCCAUACUGCAGACAUUAUCCCUGUCCUGAGACACCAGCUUCACGUUUACGCUAUCCACUAAUUACAGCAGUCCAACUGUUGUUGUGACGUCAUCGUCGGGCAGUGCCUUUGUUUUGGUAUCCGCCAUAGCUCCUUUUAUUUUGUCAAGCAACUCACCCUGUAAUGACAGGUAAUGUGGUCUUUUUGUUUGAUUCACAUAUAAACAAAGACGUUCUGUACAACUGGGCUGUAAAAGUUGCAGCUCGAAUAAACAACAAGCUUUUUUUGUGGAAUCCCA